UAGCCCACAAUGCCACUGGGAAGCCAUCAUGGUCGGAGUGUAGGUCUUUUGUGUUGGCUCUCUUCAAAAUUCACGGUUUCUGUCCAUACUUCCAAUUUCUUGUAACCCUCUUACUUUCACACCACCCUCCUUUAUCACAGCUAUAUUUCUGAAUGCCUCAGACGCGAUGAGUAUCGUCAUUUUCCUUAUCUGAGCCGUAAAACAAGGAGUGGCUCAUGCCCCCCUCCCCCACCUAGGGGUUUUACGGAGUGAUGACAAGGAACUUAUGAGAUGUCAUAAUUUCUUCUAUCCCAUACUUUUUUUUUUUUCAUUUCACGUUUUCAAUAUAAUUUCAUCUACAUCUUCCAUGGUGACUCCCACUGUUGUCUGUGAUGACCAAUCUCUGCGCAAAAUCUUAGUGACAACCCAAGAUUUAUAUGAACAUAACUUGGUUGUCGCGAUGCGAAAACUGAGAGUCUGAGACCACAGUUUAGCCUUAGUUUGAUAUUUAGAAGUUGUCUUCUUUAGAAUGCCUACUGUCUUCAUUUCUUUUGUUCUUCCAUUCUUCCUCACAUGAAUUUCUUUUUAUCAUUCAAUAGCAAUAAACUUGUUUGAAGCUCUGCAACUUAAAUGUUACAAUAUGUACUAAAUGUGAUUUUUGUAUUACAGAUAUAAAAUGGUUACAACGUACAAGAAAAAACACCCUCAAAUAUACACAAAAACAUCAAUACAGAGAAUAGUGUAUCGAAAAGUCCUUUUCAUAAAAUGAUAAAUACAUGUAACAGACACAAUUCAACAUUGAAUGAGAUCUGAAGCAUACUAGCAUAAGAUGGCAACUGUGUAUGUACAAGUUGGGCAAUGUGGGAAUCAAAUUGGACAACAGUUGUGGACCCAGGUCCUCCCACUAAAAGACACAAAGGAGGGGAUGCCCUUCUUCAACAUGGACGAGAAGCUACGUUCGGUCCAUGUAGACAGCGAACCCAAGGUGCUGCGUAGACUGGGACUCGCAGUGAAGAAAAAGAACCUGGAAGAAGCCAAUCUAAUUGCAGGAAAAAGAGGGCGUGGGACCAACUGGGCACUAGGAUACCACGGUGUGAGGAGGUCUGAAGGCUGCAUGUUGUUGGACCAGACAGUGGAGGCUGUGAGGAGGGAGGUGGAACAGUGCGACUGUUUCUCAGGGAUGGUUUUUAUGCACAGUCUCAGUGGAGGCACAGGGUCAGGCGGAGAGAGUCCCCUCCAGCACUACAACUGUGUGCUGUGUCUGUCCUGGGUACAGCAGUACACUGAUGCUGUCUUACUGUUCAACAAUGACGAUGUGCUGUACCAAGUACAGCACCAACAAAACAGCAGCAAAGCACAAGUCUCUAUACCCGAAAUGAACCAGUACAUUUCAAACUGUCUGGCAGGUUUGUUCCUGCCCACAGACAGCAUCACCCCACCACCGGGGAUUCCCCUGGGAAUGGAACCAUGGGAGCUACUCAGGUCCGUGUGUCCCAUGCCAGCCACCAAGUUUGCACAGGUGAGUCACCACAUGGGUAGCAGACUUGGCUGGGACGCCAUUGCUGCUCACGCCAUCCAGAUGUACAAGAAACAGCAUUCCCACAGGGACAGGGCACUGUCAGCUGUCGUGGUGGCACGAGGCGAUAGCAAGGACGAUUUCCGCAGGUACAAGCCUGGCGUUGAGAGAAAAGUUCGUGCAGGGUGCAACUGUGUGGAAUGGAACCCAUUCCCUGUGGAUUUCUGGACAGACAAAAAUUCCUUGUCAGGUCACCCCGAGAAGAAGUCGCUGACAUUGUGCACCAAUAACUCUGGCAUCACUGGUUACCUAGAGCACGUCCUGACCAAAGCACGGCAGAAGUACGACGCUAAGGCCUUCCUACACUGGUACUGGAAACAUGGCUGUACUGACCAGGACUUCAGCCAGGCUUUUGACACUGUUGGAAAAAUAGUGGAGGACUAUAAAGAAGCUGUUAGAUGAUGGCAAUAUGUCCAUUUUUAUAAUGUGUGUGUAUAAAUUCUAUAAUGAACACUGUAAAUGUGAUAUAAUCAAAAGGUAUGAUGUAAUGAAUUGAAACUAGUGUAUAUGCAAGUUUUAAAGUACCAUUUCAUGUUGACCUGAUGUAUGUUUGUGGUACCCAAAAUCCGUGCAGCUGUUUUGACUGUAUUGUCUUGUUUCAAUUCAAUAAAAAUGAAAAUAGAUUAAAGCCUUAUUUGCAAAAUAUAUGUUUAAACAAUUUCUGUACAUAUUAUACACAUAUAAAGGUUAUUUUCCUGUACUGAUUAUUUUCCAUUUUCUAUUUUUUUGUUUUGUAGGUUAUUUUUCAUUACUGUACAUAUUAUAGACAUAUAUAUGUAUAU